AUUUCCGGCGGGUGCUCUGCGUCAUUUACGUCGUCACUUCCUGCCGAUACCGGUGUGGACGGUGUGAAUCGUGGCUGGGCCGGUUCUCUGCUUCUCCCCAUCCCCUACUUUCCUCCCUCCCUCCCUUUCCCUCCCUCGUCGACUGUUGCUUGCUGGUAGCAGACUCCCUGACCCCUCCCUCACCCCUUCCUAACCUCGGUGCCACCGGAUUGCCCUUCUUUUCCUGUUGCCCAGCCCAGCCCUAGUGUCAGGGCGGGGGCCUGGAGGAGCCCGAGGCGCUGCAGCAGAAGAAAAGACAACGACGACCCUCAGCUCGCCAGUCCGGUCGCUGGGUUCGCCGCCGCCAUGGCAAUGAGACAGACGCCGCUCACCUGCUCUGGCCACACGCGUCCCGUGGUUGAUUUGGCCUUCAGUGGCAUCACGCCUUAUGGGUAUUUCUUAAUCAGCGCUUGCAAAGAUGGUAAACCUAUGCUACGCCAGGGAGAUACAGGAGACUGGAUUGGAACAUUUUUGGGUCAUAAAGGUGCUGUUUGGGGUGCAACACUGAAUAAGGAUGCCACCAAAGCAGCUACAGCAGCUGCAGAUUUCACAGCCAAAGUGUGGGAUGCUGUCUCAGGAGAUGAAUUGAUGACCCUGGCUCAUAAACACAUUGUCAAGACUGUGGAUUUCACGCAGGAUAGUAAUUAUUUGUUAACCGGGGGACAGGAUAAACUGUUACGCAUAUAUGACUUGAACAAACCCGAAGCCGAACCUAAGGAAAUUAGUGGUCACACUUCUGGUAUAAAAAAAGCUCUGUGGUGCAGUGAGGAUAAACAGAUUCUUUCUGCUGAUGACAAAACUGUUCGACUUUGGGAUCAUGCUACCAUGACAGAAGUAAAAUCUCUAAAUUUUAAUAUGUCUGUUAGUAGUAUGGAAUAUAUUCCUGAGGGAGAGAUUUUGGUUAUAACUUAUGGACGAUCUAUUGCUUUUCAUAGUGCAGUAAGUUUGGACCCAAUUAAAUCCUUUGAAGCUCCUGCAACCAUCAAUUCUGCAUCUCUUCAUCCUGAGAAAGAAUUUCUUGUUGCAGGUGGUGAAGAUUUUAAACUUUAUAAGUAUGAUUAUAAUAGUGGAGAAGAAUUAGAAUCCUACAAGGGACACUUCGGUCCUAUUCAUUGUGUAAGAUUUAGUCCUGAUGGAGAACUCUAUGCCAGUGGUUCAGAAGAUGGAACAUUGAGACUAUGGCAAACUGUGGUAGGAAAGACGUAUGGCCUUUGGAAAUGUGUGCUUCCUGAAGAAGAUAGUGGUGAGCUGGCAAAGCCAAAGAUUGGUUUUCCAGAGACAACAGAAGAGGAGAUAGAAGAAAUUGCUUCAGAGAAUUCAGAUUGCAUCUAUCCUUCAGCUCCUGAUGUUAAGGCCUGAGCGUCAAUCAUAUGCCACAGUUAGUAUACAACUGACUAAAACGAGCAAGCAGAGAAAAGCAUCAGCCUUCCAGAGUUACUCUCUGCUUAAGGCAGAAACAGCAGUAAAUAAUGAGGAAAAUGAAUUAUCUCCAGUGCUGGAACAACUUACUAACUUGGUGUUACCUGUAAGUGAAAACUCAGGAGUGUCAGAUAAAGGGAGGUGGAGUUAUCCUCUUAUAGUACAGUGGCCUGUUAUCUUUUUAAUGAAUAUAUACAAGCCAACAUCCAAUUUCUAUUAUUACAAUUAGGGUUCUUGUAGCCGUUUAUGUUAUUAUGGAGAAGAAAAAUAUAUUGGCUUAUUUUUCUGAUCUUUUUCCUUAAAGCAGAAUGCCCUUUUUUUUUUUUUGCUUCAGUUGUAAGGAAGAGGGAGUACAUGAUAAAGUAACUGGUUUGAUUUCUCUUUCAUUGUACACUGCUUCUGAACAUCUAAUUGUUUUUAGUUGUCUAAAUAAAAUGCCUCUAAAACAAAACAAUGUUUGUUUUUUUUGGGGGAAAAACUACUAAUUUGAGUUUUAUAAGUGGAAAUAGCUAGAAAGUUUUCUGUAUCAUAAUCAUAGCAAAAGAUAUGCUGAUUAAUCUGUAGUAAACAUUACUUUAUAAUAUUGAGAUUCAGUUACUUGUACUGAAUUUUUGAAAUUCUUAAAUCCUUUACUAGUGUUUCAUUUACCUCCUCUAUUCCCAGAUUGGAUAGAAGUGCUUGACAUGCCUUUUUAAAUGAUUAUUUAAAGAAUACAUGCUAGUUAUAGGAAAAAAAAACUGAAAUUUUAGCAGUAAGCUGAAAGAUCACUUAAAAUCCUACCACUCGUCAAAAAACUAUUAAAAUCGAAUGACCGUUAAUACAUGUUAGGGCAUCUCUGUAUGUAUAUACAGAUAGAUAGAAUGGAUUUUAUAAAAAUGGGAUUACUAUAGACCUGCAGUGGUUUAAGAAGUAUGGAAUUUUACCUCAUUCUUUAAAUUAAAUUUGGGUGGCAUUCAGAAAGCCCUUUUAAAACCUUCUAAUAAAUUGGAUCAACUGAGUUUAGACUUGUAAUUUAUUUUUUAAAAUACAGAGGGCAUAUUAAAUGAGUAAGUUGGAAAUACUUGAGAUGAAUAAAUAACAUCUUUGCCAACUUCCUUUUUCUCCUGAUCAGUCUUGUGAGUGACCCUUGAUAACUUUUCUUAAAAGCAAUAUGAGUCAACCAAAGAAUAAGAUUAAUUUUUGAGGAUUUGUGAUAACCAGAAGAAAGCACUGUAGGCUGUGACAGCCUGUGAUGGCCAAGAGAAAUACAGGGGAGCCAACUGGUGAUCCACAUAGGCUUUCAUAGAGUGGUAGUAUUUUUGUGUCAGCUUAUUACAUGCCUGAACCUCUGGAUUGCAGCAGUGUUGUCAUUGUACCAGCAGUUGCUCAGACUAAUCAGAGUCUGAUUUACCCUCAAUAAAGUUUUGUGUCAUCA